AUGUCCAACAAGUAUUCCCUCGUCGUUGUUGGCAGUGGUGGUGUCGGCAAGUCCGCCGUCACCCUGAACUUCAUGCGUGGCCAGUUCGUCGAGGAGUACGACCCCACCAUUGAGGACUCCUACUGCAAGCAGGUCAACCUCGACGGCGUCGACUGCACCCUUGACAUCACCGAUACCGCCGGCCAGGAGGAGUACCGUGGUCUCUGGGGAGACAAGUUCAUGCGCAGCGGCGAUGGCUUCCUCUGCGUGUACUCCAUCACCAGCAAGUCCUCCUUCGAGGAGGUGGAGGUCUUCCGCGACCAGAUCCUCCGCGCCAAGGAUGUCGACACCUGCCCCAUGAUCAUCCUCGGCAACAAGCGCGAUCUCGAGGACUACCGCGAGGUCGACACCGCCCUCGGCGAGGAGUUUGCCCGCAACUCGGAUGCCCUCUUCCUGGAGACCUCCGCCAAGGAGGGCUACAACAUCGAGGAGGCCUUCUUCUCCAUCGUCCGCCACAUCCGCGACCACUACCGCAACGUGGAGGACGAGGCGCCGGCCGCCGCGCCGGAGGCCGCCGACGCCGCCGCUGUCGCCGCCCCGGCCGCCACCCCGGCCGACGCCGGCGCCUCCACCGCCGACGCCGGCAAGUCCAAGUCGUCCAAGUCUGCCGGCGGCAAGAAGUCCAAAUGUGUGCUCCUGUAA